GUCUAGCCUAGCGUUUCUAAUGUGUGAAAGAAAAAGUUACUGACUUUAACUGGUGUUUGAUUUCAUGGACAUCAUGCUUGACAACCCCAGAAUACCUGCUGCUCGUAGGAGAAUUUCAAAAAUCAGAUGCCUUCAGGAUUGUCUUGUCAGUUUGAGAGACAAAAUACCUUUUCCGUCUUGCUUAUGUUAUGUGCCAUCAGAAAUAGAGUAUUUGGCACCUGCGAAAACAACUUGGAAACUCCUAAAGAGCCCCAGAAAAAAUUCUGAAGUGAUCACUGAAUUCAUAACAACAGAGAACAGUCGCCUUAUUGCCAGCGGGGAAGAACUGUGCAAUAGUGAUGGGAAGUGGCUGAGAGUGUUAAAGAUAAAAGACUGCUGUGACCCUGCCAAUCAAGAGUUUAAACAGAUGCAAAGCGAAAAUUGCUGGUUGUUGUUGUACUCAAACAGAAGCUCAACUGAGGAAACACCAGCCGCUGUGCCUGUUUCAGAUGACUUUGCUAGCACAGAGAAAAAGAAGUUAAACCCGUAUAAGAAACAAGGGUCAAUCAGGAGCUGGCAAGGUGUAGUAGAAGAGACAUAUGCUCCAAUCUUAAAGAAGCACAAAGCCCACAUUGUGCUUCCAGAUGAGACAGCUGUAGCUCGGCUGAGGAAAACAGAAGAAACAUGGACUCUAGAGCAUGAUGCCGCUCUGGUCCAGCUUAUGUCUCAGAAUGUGCCAAAAGAUUCUGAGGGACUUGGCUGUCUAAAGGAAUAUGUUGAGGCUCUUGGAGUGUCUACUUACUCUCCAGGAGAAGGUGAAAGCAGCCACUUGACAGACAAUGAUCCGAGCACAUACUGGGAAACUGAUGGUUCUCAAGGGCAACACUGGAUAAGACUCAACAUGAAAAAAGGAACAAUAAUCAAGUUGUUGUCAAUGACUGUGGACUUGGCUGAUGACAAUUACCUCCCUGAAGAAAUUGUAGUCCUGACUGCAGAAUCGGAAAACUUCAAAGAACUGAAUAACAUAACAAUCAACUGGAGCUCACAGUCUCCGACAGAAAUAAAGCUGCUGGAAAAUCUGACUGAGCACUAUGCAACAAUCACAAUCAAGAUCAAAUCAUGUAAAUCACAUGGAAUUGAUACAAGAAUUCGUGGACUUACUCUGCACUGUUUAGAAGAACGGUGUUUGGGUUUUGAUGAAGACUUUUUCUCUGCUGAGCAUCUCGUGAGAUACCCCAUGCUUCAGCUAUUUAGUCCAAGUGUUCUCUACAGGAGGUCUAUUGUAUUACAAAGGUUCAUGACCCUCCUUGACAGUGUGAUAAAUUAUUUAGUACCUUGUUGGCAAGUAUCUGUGGUCAGUUUUGAUCAGCAUGUGGAAAGCUUGAAGGCUGGAUUGGAGAGUGUUCGUCAACUCUUGCUGUUAUCAAAAAAGCGGAUGGCUCUAAUUGAUACCCUGCUCAAAGGUUCUGCUUCAGACCCAUCAGACAGAAAGAUUGUUUACAUCAACCGCCAUGCAGCUUUGGAACACAGGGGAAACCCUUCAGCCUCAAGUGAUUACAACAAUACAGUGUUUAUGCAGUUAUACGAGGGACUGAGACCAAGAGAUCGCACAUCACCACCACUGUCUUAUAG